AUGGAUUUUCAGAACAGACCAGGUUCGAAGGUAGGUAGUGGUGGUGUGGCUGGUUAUUCGGAGACCAACGUGGAUCGACGCGAACGACUUCGUAAACUUGCGUUGGAGACCAUUGACUUGAACAAGGAUCCAUAUUUUAUGAAAAAUCAUCUUGGAUCCUAUGAGUGCAAACUCUGUCUAACUUUACACACCAAUGAAGGUAGUUACCUCGCCCACACUCAAGGUAAAAAGCAUCAGACGAACCUUGCCCGCCGUGCCGCCAGGGAAGCCAAAGAGAAUAAUAAUAUCCAGCCGGCGUUGCAGGCACAAGCCAAGAUUCAAGUGAGAAAAAAUCUCGUUAAGAUUGGCAGACCGGGAUAUAAGGUGACCAAGGUUCGCGAUCCGAUAACCAGACAACUUGGUCUACUAUUUCAAAUUCAAUAUCCAGAAAUUGGUUUGGAUGUCAUCCCCCGCCACCGAUUUAUGUCGGCUUACGAGCAAAAGAUCGAGCCUCCUAAUAAGGCACAUCAAUAUUUGCUCUUCGCAGCAGAGCCAUAUGAAACAAUCGCUUUCAAAGUGCAAAGCAAAGAAAUUGAUAAGGGGGAGGGAAAGUUUUUCACGCACUGGGAUCCUGAUUCCAAACAAUUUUCAUUGCAAUUCUUUUUCAAGAAUGACAGACCCGGAAUGUACUCUGAAGGUAUUCCACCUGGCAUGGAAAGAGCUCCCAUCGUCAAUCCUUUGAAUCCCUACAACGCACCAGCCAUGAGAGGACCAACCUAUGUGCAUAGCUGA